ACGAAGUUGAUGGAUGGAGGAAAUCACUCAACAGUGUCUGAAUUUUUAUUGCUGGGACUCUCCAGUUCCUGGGAGAUUCAGAUUCUUCUUUGUCUGUUUUCCACAGUAUUUUAUGUAGCGAGUAUGCUAGGAAACCUUCUCAUUGUGCUCACAAUCACAGCAGACCAUCACCUACAUUCCCCCAUGUACUUUUUGCUGGCAAAUCUCUCCUUCAUUGACACGGGUGUUUCCAGCAUUGCAACCCCGAAGAUGAUUUAUGACCUUUUCAGAAAACGUAAAGUCAUAUCCUUGAAAGGGUGUAUUACUCAGAUGUUCUUUAUUCACACUGUUGGUGGUACAGAGAUGGUGCUUCUCAUAGUCAUGGCCUAUGACCGAUACAUUGCUAUCUGUAAGCCCCUCCACUACCUGACCAUCAUGAGCCUAAGAAUGUGCCUUUCACUUUUGGCUGUUGCUUGGACCAUCGGACUCAUCCAUUCUGUGGCCCAGCUGGCAUUUGUUGUAAACUUAUCCUUUUGUGGUCCCAACAAAAUGGAUAGCUUCUAUUGUGAUUUUCCUCAGUUCAUCAAACUUGCAUGUACGGACACUUAUAGACUGGAGUUUCUGGUCACUGCCAACAGUGGUUUCAUCUCCAUGGGCACUUUCUUCAUCCUGGUUGUGUCUUACAUCUUCAUCCUGGUCACAGUUCACAAACAUUCUUCAGGCGGUUCAUCAAAGGCCCUCUCCACUCUCUCAGCUCACAUCACUGUGGUCGUCUUUUUCUUUGGCCCUUGUAUUAUUGUCUAUGUGUGGCCAUUCCCUACCUUACCAAUAGAUAAAUUUUUAGCCAUCUUUGAUGCCCUUAUCACUCCUUUUAUGAAUCCUAUUAUCUAUACAUUUAGAAAUAAGGAGAUGAAAGUGGCAAUGAGGAGACUGUUUGAUAAGGUUUUAAGUUUCAGGAAAAGUUAUUUCUUGCAAAAUCCAAGAAAUUCAGAUUCUUCUUGA